UGACACUGAGACCAAAGAGUGAGACCAAAGAGUGUUGAUUCCUGAAGUUGAGCCAGUAACCGACAGGAAAAUGUAGCUACAGAGGAACUGAAAAGUACUCAGCUGUUUCCUCUUGUACUACCGAAGAGAGUGUCUGCUGCUUGGCUGGCAUGUCUGCGACCUAACAAGCAUUCUGACGCUUGUUCAGCGGUCCUGGUGUCCUGUGGAAGCAUGGCGGAAAUUAGUGUUCCAAGAAUCCUCCUUCUGCUUCUUUCUCUGGCCAAGGUACUGGAGGGUACAAAGCUGCUGGCGCACCUCAAAAAGUGUGGUGACUUGGAGUGUGAAACCUUAAUCAGCAGAGUCCUAGCCCGGACAGAUCACACAGGACCUGACUGUCGGUACCUGAACUUUACUGAGGGCGAAGAGAUAUCUGUUUAUGUUAAACUUGCAGGAGAGAGAGAAGAUCUUUGGGCAGGCAGCAAAGGAAAGGACUUUGGAUUUUUCCCCAGAGAUGCAGUCCAGAUUGAAGAGGUCUUCAUAUCCGAAGAAGUCGAGAUGCCAACUAAGGAAUCUGACUUUCUUUGUCUUCUUGGGGAAGGCUACAUAUUUGGAAGUGAACAUAGUGAGUUGAACAGCGAUGAUGAUGGAAAUAUGUACCCAUAUGAAGGACAUGAAGACCAAAACUAUAAUAUAUAUGAAAGUGGUUUUCAGCCAGAGCCUGACUUUUAUGCAGCUUCUGAAGGGACUUCGUUUGAAGACCAAAUUCCAGCAUCAGAAACCCGUGAAGAGUUCAAGAUUUCCAAUGAGUACAAGGACUUGGAAGAGGCUGGAAGUGCAGGCAGUGGGGAGCAGGGUUACACUUCCGACAUGGACCAUGACUUGUCUGAAAUGCAAGGACGGUUUGGACUGGGGAGAGAAGCUAAAGAGCAGACUUUUAAAGCAGAUUCUGAACGCACCCAAGAAAACUCAUCUCAAACUAGAGAAUUAACAGUGGAGGAGGAGAAUGACCCAGAGAAACUAAACGAUGGUGAACCCCAAAUGGAGCCUGAGCAAGAUCCAGAAGCCCAGUUUGAUUCAGAGACACCAGAAUUCAGUCAAGUCUCAGAGGAACAGUAUGAGCUAGUGUCUGAGUCAGAGAACACCCUCAAGUCUCAAGCCACUGGCUGGUUUGGUGGUGGGUUUACAAGUUAUUUAGGUUUUGGAGAGGAGAACACAGAACACAUUCCGCCAUUACAAGAUGUUCCCAAUUCUGUUUCAGCUGAUGAAGAGGCCCCAGCUCCAUACAGAGAAGUGUCAGCAGACAAGGAAGAUAAGGUCAUCAAUGGCAGCUCAAUUCCCAGCCCAACUUGGUUUGACUUUGGUUUUGGUAUUCUCGGCUUUGCAUAUGCCGAUGAAGACAAAAGUAUUUCAGACGAUGGGAAAUGUGAAGAUGGUGAGGCCGAAAACCACAAACAUCCUAUAGCAAAUGAUUUUGACCCUGGAAAGGAACAAGAAAACAGAAUGAUAACUGUUGUGGAAACAGAAGAUCAGACAGGUAAAGAAAGCACCUUGGAGAAGAUAGAUGGCUCCGAUUCUAUGCGGUAUCUGAAGAAGUUCUUCUAUAACUCUUGGAGCUUCCAGAGUCUGCCAGAGGACACAGAAUUGCCAUUCUCCACACAGACGCUGGAUCAAGAUAAUAUCGCUGAAAGCGACAAAACUGAAAAGCUCCCCACUGAAAAUUCUGCUGCUGAGAGCGUGGAAGAGCCCAUGAUGCUGGACAGCACAUACAGCCUGUCAGAUAUGGCCUCUGAAGUAGAGUUACCUGUGAGCGUCCGUGAAGGAAUACAUUCCAAAACUUCAUCUCUGAAAAGGAACGAGGAAGAUUCAGAAUCCUGGGAGGACCCUGAAGGGCCUGCUGUGGUGGACACUGGCAGCUCUGUGGAAGGUGCCUUGCUUGGUAGUCAGCUGGUUUCUCAACAAGAACAUGACGCAGAAUUUCAGAUUCUGAAGUAUUUAUUUCAAAUUGAUGUCUUCGGCUUCAUGAAGUUUGCUUUUUCAACAAUCGAAAUUCUUACAGAAAGGGUCGUGGCAGCAUUGCCUGAAGAUAUGAAAGCAGAGUUCAGUGCCAAUGGAUUUUCAAUGGAAUUGGUGAUCUGUGUGCUUACCGGUGGACUGCUUGUCUUCCUCCUGUUUCUGUGGAGAGCCUUCCGAUCAAUUCAAAGCCGAUUUUAUGUGGGAAGAGAAAGAAAACUUGCUCUAGAACUUUCAGCACUAAUUGAAGAGAAAUGUAAACUACUUGAUAAACUCAGCCUCGUUCAGAAGGAGUAUGAAGGCUUAGAGUCAUCUUUAAAGGAGGCCAACUUUGACAAGAAGUCAGAAGUACACAGUUUGGAGUUUGUUGAAGGAUCACAAAUAUCCGAGGCAACUUGUGAAAAUCUAGAAAAAUCCAAAUCUGAACUUGAAGAUGAAGUACUCCUUCUAGAGAAGGAGCUAGAAGAAGAGAGAGCUAAAUAUUGUGAACAAGAUGAGUUGAUAGCUGAUAUUUCAAAAAGGAUACAAUCUCUAGAAGAUGAAUCAAAAUCUCUUAAAUCACAAGUGGCUGAAUCGAAAACUACCUUUAAAGUAUUUGAAAUCAAUGAAGAACGACUUAAGGGAGCAAUAAAAGAGGCCUUGAAUGAAAGAUCUGAACUCGAGGAAGACCAGAAGCAGCUGUCACAGGAGGCCGAAGCAGUGAGAGAACAAAUGAAUGAACUUGAUAACCAGAAAGUAACGUUUGAAGAAUCCAAAGUGCAGGAAGAGCAAGUUCUAAAUGAAAAAGAAAAUCAGAUCAAGUCACUGAUGGACAACCUGGUAAAGAUGAAAGUCUGGACUGCUGUCCUUGGAGAAGACGCAGCAGAAGAUGGUAAUCUCGGUUUGGAAGUGAAGAAAGACCUAGAAAAUGCUGUGCACUCAGGUAUUCAGCUGAAGGGAGCUUUGGAGGAGUUGAUUUAUGCUAGUAAGUUGAGUGCAUCUUUAAAAGCCUUAGAAGGAGAAAGAAACCAAAUUUACACUCAAAUAUCUGAAGUAGAUAAAAUAAAAAUGAAUCUUACAGAGCGUGUCAGAAGUCUGGAGUCUGAGAAUGUAUCUCUGGAGUCAGAACGCAUGCAGUUGGAAAACGAGAAGCAGAAGCUGCAGCAGAAACUCAAAGUGAUGACUGAACUGUACCAAGAAAACGAGAUGAAGCUUCACAGGAAAUUGACAGUAGAGGAAAAUUACCGAUUAGAGAAAGAGGAAAAACUUUCCAAAGUAGAUGAGAGGAUCAGCCAUGCGACCCAGGAGCUGGAGACCUACAGACAGCGCGCCAAGGAUCUCGAAGAAGAAAUGGAGAAAACGGUCCAUUCUCUUCAAGGACAGGUUAUUUCUCAUGAGAAGAAAGCACAUGAUAAUUGGCUGGCAGCUCGAACUUUUGAAAGAAAUCUCAAUGAUUUAAGGAAAGAAAAUGCUUACAAUAGACAAAAAUUAACUGAGACAGAAUUUAAACUUGAACUUUUAGAAAAAGAUCCUUAUGCACUUGAUGUUCCAAAUACAGCAUUUGGCAGAGAGCACUCCCCAUUUGGUCCCUCACCAUUGGGCCGACCUUCAUCUGAAACGAGAGCUUUUCUCUCUCCUCCAACGUUGUUGGAGGGUCCACUCAGACUCUCACCUUCACUUCCUGGGGGAGGAGGAAGAGGCUCACGAGGCCCUGAGAAUUUUCUGGACCAUCAGAUGAAUAUUGAAAGAGGAGAUUCAAACUAUGACAGGGUGUAUGAUGCCCCCAGAGCACCUUCUGACAGCUCCCUGUCACCUCCGUGGGAACACGGCCGAAGGGCGAUGGCCCCUCCACCAGGUCAACCAUAUUCUGAUCCGACUUUACAAAAGCAAGAUAGAUUUUAUUCUAAUUCCGGUAGACUCUCUGGACCAGCAGAACUCAGAAGUUAUAAUAUGCCUUCUUUGGAUAAAGUGGAUGGACCAGUGCCCUCAAAAAUGGAAUCCAGUAAAAAUGAUACCAAAGAUCAUCCUGGUAACUCAACUGUGCCUGAUUCUUCUCGCCCUGAUGAAUGUGAAGCAGCUGGCCGUGGCUUUGUUCCUCCACCAUUUCUUCCAGUCAGAGCCCCAUUGUUUCCAGUGGAUCCAAGGAGCCAGUUCGUGAGAAGGGCUCCCCCUUUUCCUCCACCUCCUCCAGGGAACAUCUAUGCAGCGCCUCGAGAUUAUUUUCCACCAAGGGACUUCCCUGGCCCACCACCACCUCCAUUCCCAGGGAGAAAUGUGUUCGCACCACCACCACCAAGGGGCUUUCCACCUUACCUUCCCCCAAGAGCUGGGUUCUUCCCCCCACCCCCACAUCCUGAAAGUAGGAGUGAGCUCCCGCCAGACUUGAUUCCACCUUCAAAGGAACCUGCAGCUAAACCUUCAGAAACGCCAGAGAUCUGAUGGUGAUAUUGGUCUAAACAGUCAUUUUCUUCUCAUUUUCAGUUUAAGUAACAACUGUUACUUAUAUGAUUAUAUUUUUGCUCAACUUGGAGCUUAAUGGAAUUAUAAUUCUCAGGAUAGUAUUUUGUAAAUAAAGAUGAUUUAAAUAUGAA